GAUAAAAAUCUGACUGAAAGGUUGUAGUUGACAGUUGACCGUUGACCAAACACCUGGAUUGUUAUUAAAACAAAAGAUUGUUGAAUGUAACUGUAUUUUAUAUUGUCAGUUUUAGUUCAGGGAAGUAUAAAGUAGUUCUAACUUUCAUUGUAUUAAAGGAUCAGUAUGACAAAAGACUGAGACUGUGAGGUGAAAUUUAAGAGAAAUACCCUAGUGUAGGAUCUCAUCAGAUUCUAAUUUUUGAUUUAGCAAGCGUUUUACUGUUUUUCAGAAAAUAUUUCAACUAAUAUAGUAGAGAAACUGGUAAAAAUAAGAAAUGGUUUAUCUUCAUUUUCCUACUAACUUAACUGAAGAAGAAUUGAUGUUGCAAGCUAAAUACCAAAAACUGAAAAGAAAGAAAAAAGCACUUCAAGCUUUAAAAGCUCCUAGGCCUGAGCCAGAGCGUACACCAACACCCAAAAGACCAAUGGAAGCUCAAAAUGCGAAAGAGGUAGCAAAAAAACUGUUGAAGUCUGGUGCUAUAACAGCAAUUCCUCGGACACCAAAACGUCCUGAGCAAGCGGGUUUCAAGCGACCAAGGGGCUUGGAGAGAAAGUUAUCGGGUACCGACAGAACUGUGAGUGGGUAUCAACCAUUCUCUGCAACGCAGUUGGAUGACCAGGAAUCUGAGACUCUGCGGCCAAGAGUCAAUGAUCUUUAUGAAAGUUUUGUCAGUGCACGUGAUAGAGAAGAGAGGGGUCUUACAGAUAAACCUAGAGAGGAAGGCAGACCUGAGAAACCACGAUCUGGAAACACAAUUUUUGUCCAUGGAUUGAAAAUCAAUGAGGACUUUUUAAGAAAAACAUUCCAAUCAUGUGGCAACAUUGUCAAUAUUUCAAUGGAAAUUGAGAAAAAUCGAGGUUUUGUCACUUUUGAUAAAACGGAAGCCGCUGAUACUGCAAUUGCUGAGAUCAAUGGCAGCAUCGUCUCCAAUAUCCAGCUCAAGGUCACCUUGGCUCGACGGCAGCCUAUAAUUAACCCCACCAAUGAUGCAACUUCUUCCAUUGCAUGGUCGUCUCUUGCUUCAAAUCGAUCGCAGAAAGGAAGUCAUAAGGAUAAAAGAGAAUCAGUGAUAUAUGAUGAUAUAUUUUAGUAGUUAAGUUUUUACCAUGUAGUUUAAACUAUUUCCUUUUGAAUUUUUGGAAAUAUAAAUGUUUUAAUCCCUGAAGGGUAUCAUUA